AUGGGCGAUAAUGUAAAGAGCACGUGCGCCUUAGUUCUACCUGUCAAAAAAGAUAGAGAAGAUGAUGAGACAUUCGAUUUUUUGGAUAUUGAUGAGGAAGAGUUAGUUCAUGAUGUCCAGAAGGCCGUUUCACCAACAUCUUCAAGGCCUUUAGAUACUGCAGAUCUACAUGGAAUUAAUAAUGUAUUGAACACAGUGCCAAAUACAUUCCCUUACUUUGGGCAUCCACUUUUAUUACCUCAAAAUCAGAAUUUAAUUAAUCUUGUAGCUGUAUGUGUAAGUACUCCUCCUCCAUAUACUACUGGACUACCUCAAAACAAUCCUUUUUUUGCUAGUCAUGGAGUUAAUGAACAUGUGAAUUUCGUGCCUAUUACCCCAACUCCCUUAUUCUACUUUGGUCUAACUGAAGAUAACUCACAAAAUUGUUUCAGAGCGCCAAACUCUGGACAUGAUUAUGACACUUUUGAAGUAGAGCGCACUGGAACUUCUGAAACAGGCUAUUCUAGUAAUAUGUCAGCUUCAGCAGACUCUUUUCAAAACCAAAAAGUAUAUGGCGGUAUAAACUUGCGUAAUAAAACAUCUCGUGCAAUACUUAAAAAGGGUCAAAAUGUUACUUGUGAAAAGAAAAAUCGAUGGCAAUUGGCUGAUCCACAAUUCAAGUCAGGUUAUAAAGGAGUAAGUUGGAAUAGUCGUAUGGAGGCGUGGUUGGCAUUUUUUGUAGAAAAUGGAGUUCGUAAAUCAAAAACAUUUAGUAGCCGUAAGUUGGGUUUCAAUAGGGCCCGUGAAAAAGCUAUAAAGUAUUUAGAUGCACGCAGGAAAGGGAUAAUUUUGCCUACUCCUCCUCCUUUAAGCCCUUCAAAGGGUAUGAGUGAUCGUAUUCCAAAUCAAAAGAGGCCAGAGGAACUUUUACUAGAGGCAGUUGGAAGAGCUUUUGAAGAUGAACAUAAGCAGGAUAAACAAAUCAAUGAGGAUAUUAAGAGUUACUCUGAAGCUGAUAGAAAUAUAAAGAUGAAUGAUUAUGAUUAUACCCCAAAAUCAUCUACUUCAACCUUUGUAGAUUCUGCUCAAUCUACUCCAACUACUAGAUAA